AUGGCGCGGAACCUGCGGGAUGUGUGCAUCCAUCCCGAAGCAUUUUUCACCGACCUUAACUCAGCUGAGAAUUAUCUCCGGGACACGGUAACGACGACGUAUCAUUCCAGUGAUAAAGCAGCGAUUCUUCCUCAAGAGAAGAGAGGGGUAGUCGGCGACCAGCUGCGGGUCUGUGGCACGACCAAUUUGCGCAUCUGCGACGCAACGGUCUUCCCGUUGAUCCUGGCAGCCAACAUUAUGUCAGCCGUCAAUGCGUUAACUAGCUGA